GACAAAGAGAGCACAACCUUCUGCUACACCACAGAGAGGAACGAAGAGAAAAUCCUGAACUAAGGGACUCUGAUCAACUCCAGUUUAUUGAACUGAGGACAACACUUUUUAGAGUAGAUAUUUUUUUAAUCUUCUCUUUAUAAAACAAACAUGGCUAUAGCUAUAUUUGUUUUCAUCAUUACAGCACAGGUUUUCACACUUGGCUGGUCCCAGGUGUGCCCCCGCAGAUGCCAGUGCCCCAGAGAGCCCCCCAUCUGCCUCCCUGGCGUGCCCCUGAUCCUGGACGACUGUGCCUGCUGCCUGGUUUGCGCAGGUCAAAUAGGACAAGUCUGCUCUGAAAUGAACCCCUGUGACACACGCAAAGGGCUGCAAUGUGACUACUCGGUGGAUAUCCACAAGAGAACCGGUGUCUGUGCUGUUAACACUGGUAAUGUGUGCAUUUUGGACGGCUCUGUCUAUCGGAAUGGUCAAACCUUCUUCCCCAGCUGCAAGUACCAGUGUAUGUGUCACAAUGGGCAGAUAGUUUGUGUGCCACGCUGCAAUCUAGAUGUCAUGUUACCUGGGCCGGAUUGUCCCACGCCACGCAAGGUUCACGUUCCAGGAGAGUGCUGCGAGAAAUGGGUGUGUGAACCGCAGGCUGAGGCCAGUAGACUGGGAGGCUUUGCCAUGGCAGCCUUUCGUCAGGAGGAAACGGUGAGCUUUAAUGGCUGGGACCCCAGCUUAAACUGCAUUGAGCAGACCACAGAGUGGGGGGCAUGCUCUCAGACAUGCGGCAUGGGGGUGUCCACCAGAGUUACAAAUAAAAAUGACCGGUGUGAGAUGGUGAAGCAGAGUCGGCUGUGUAUGAUCCGACCCUGUGACGACCAGCAGGAACAGCUGACACAGCUCACACCAAAGAGAGGCAGCAAGUGUCAGAGAAUGGUGAGGAGUGAUAAAGCAGUCCAUCUCUCCCAUAAGAACUGCACCAGCGUUCUAGCCUACAAGCCACGCUACUGUGGCUCCUGCUCAGACGGCCGCUGCUGCACCCCUCACAGAACCAAAACUGCCCUGGUGGAGUUCCAGUGUGCCAACAGCAAAAUCACCAAGAAGCCGGUCAUGGUGAUCCUGACCUGUGCCUGUCACAGCCACUGUCCUCGGGACAGUGCCGCGUGGCAGCCAUCAGAGUUGACCUACAGUGGCAUGAGAGUAUAGUGUGCAGAUUGCUGUAUGUUUAAACACAAACUCUGAGAUCCAGAUCGUUGCUGUUGACUGCACAUAGCUGAAUCUCUACAAAAUAUUGGUUGUUUGAACCCAAAAUUUUAGAUCGACAAAGUCUAGUUCUGUACAACCAGAUCCAUGCCAUACAGUAUCAAAGCCUAAAACUUUCAACACACACACAGUAAUAAGACAUUUCAGUUCUGGUAUUCAAUACAUGAAACCUCUUUUUAGUAUGAAAGAAUAGAGGUUGAAAUAUGACAUUAUCUCUCCUGGAGAGGGACCUUAUUGAAUACCAUCCUGUAAACAAAUAAAUUGUUUUUAACAAUUACAAAGUCAAAUCAAAGCACUUAAAUAUGUGAUGUAUGCAGCCAACCCUCCUCUGGAGAUCAGGGACGGGGUAUUGCAAUUCAUUCACAACAGACUGUGCUUGAAAGUUGUUUGUACUGUGGGUUGUGAUGUAGCAUUGUGCUGGAACGAUGUUACGAAGUAAAGGUGAAUUGUCCGACAGACUCUCUUCAAGAGGUUAAAUAGUAGGAAGGUUAACUGUCAGAGGUCCAUGGUAGGUAAGUGUGAAUGACAGAAAACAUCCAGCCGGAACGUUUAGAUCAGCCUGAGUUCUUACUCUGCAGAAACCUGCAGUGUAAUUUUGCCAGUCUUUUUUAGAAAGUCUUUGACACCUUGAGCUGUAAUGACACUGAUAGAGAAAAAGAGCAGCCACACAGCAAGGUUAAUAAACAGAAGUGAUUGGCAACUUCAUCAGUCACACUGCAAUGACAACUCUCCCACUGGAGGACACAUUUCUGAAAUAAGUGAACUAUGUACCUUGACAUGGUCCCAAACAGGGGCUCAGCCUGUGAAAGAGAGGUCACUGUGGUGUCUUAGUGUCAUUUCUAACAUCUCCCUGAACUCCUGCCCUCUCAGCAGAGUACACAAUCCCCCCAAUUAAUACAUAUUUUGCAUGUGUUCUUUUCUUUUUUUGGUUAGACUUGGAAUUAUUUCCCAGCUGGUUAAAAUAAGUGUUAAAAGAAGUAGUGGUAUCUUAUAUGUAUGAGUGUGUAUCAAAUACACAAUGUUAAUAAUGUAAAAACAAAUUGUAUAUUUUGAUAUGCGAUUUAUUUUUUUUCUACUUUUGAGAAGCGUCACUCAGCUUUGUAUCUGAAGCUUUGUAUCUUACCAAUGGAACAUAUAAAAUAAAUGUGGGUUUCCAAAUGUAUGUUUUACUCUUUUUAACAUUGCUUGAUAAUAAAUCAAAUGUCUGAAUGCUGAAUGGAAAUUGCUGUGUGGAUAGAGCAGUAGCUUGCAUAAGGUGAUUCAAGAUGGAAACUACAAAAUCUGUAUAGCAGAAUGAAUAAUGAACAUGUGAACAAGAAAGGGAAAAUGAAGCAGUUUCCAUGACCAAACUUUGAGUGAAACUUCCAUGAAGUAUGAGGCUUCUAUUGUUUGAUGAGUAACUGAUUCUUGCCUAAUAAAAGUUGAUCAGUCACAGAUGUGAUUUUUUUCUUUUAUGUGAGUCAUUCAACUGCAUCUUAAAUGUAAUUCAAUCCAACAGACAAGAGUUAUUGAACAAGU